UUAGCAAGGUACUGAAAACGUUUGAAACAACAAUGACAUUUACACAGUGAUUCAAGGUGUUAACAGCUAGGAAGGAAAGCGCAAUGUUAACAAUAUUAUUGUUGAAAUGGGGAAUCUAGAGAAACUGUCUUUGAUAAUCGGGUUUUAUUUUCCAUUUGUGAUACAUUGUAGUGUACAAGAAUGCUACAAUGGUGCGUGCAGCUCAGAAUAUGUUCCACACGGGCCAUUGGUUCACUGUAAAAACUUGCCUAUUGAAUUUCUUAACUGUUCAGAACCUCUGGAUUUGAAUGGAAAUGACACAAGGAAGAGAGAGCUGGGACAUGGGUGUCUAAAGUACGGAGGACAGAGACACGAGGACAUUGAACACACGGGGGCGGUAUGCUCAGUGCUGCAAGGGAUUUUAUGUUAUGGAAACCGAACCUUCAUUAAGUGGGGUUUUCCAUGUAUUAAAUAUAACGGACAUUACUUUGUCACCACUCUGAUCUACUCGGUGCUGUUAGGAUUCCUGGGUAUGGACAGGUUCUGUCUCGGACACACUGGGACGGCUGUGGGCAAGUUACUGACCCUGGGAGGUUUGGGCAUCUGGUGGAUUGUGGACAUUGUUCUCCUAGUGAAUGGUAUGUUGACGCCCGAUGAUGGCAGUAACUGGGUGCCCUAUUACUAGCUUGGCGAUAAAUUAUAACUGAUGAUCUCACAUAUUGUAAUAGUUGCAUUCAUUUUUAGAUUGUCUAAAGAUAUGCAUGUGUCAGAUAUCUAAAUAACACAAAAUCAGUAAAAGACUAUAGUUAAUCUGCAGAAUAUAAUAAAGUAGUUAUAGAUAUUAUGUGAAACUUUCGAGAUUGGACAUAAUAUAAAUAUGAUGCUAACUUAUCAGUGCAGCCAAUGUAAUGAAAGAUGGAGGAAGACAAUAUGUAGUAUAGUUCUUUUAUAUUGGACAAUGGACAUGCAGUCAGGGUCAGCAAACCUGAACAUGCCAUAUUCAAAUUUGAGUCAUUCAGAAUUUUGUUGAAAUAAUUCUUCCUCUACGUUUUAUUUUUGUGAAUUUUGUGCGAUAAACUAUACUUACUAUACGUAAUAUUUGACUGCAGCAUAUCUUUAUAGAAUAAAUUUCUUGGUUUUUUGUAUUAUAAGGGUAUAUAAACAAGGGAACUACAUGAACUAUGGCGUAAUGAAUAUCCAGAAAUUACCUUGUUCUUCCAGAGUUGAUAUAUCUCUCAUUUAUAAUACAAUCAAUCUAGAAAUGUAUUCCUUAUACAUGUGUAUUUAUAUAUUGUAACAUGCAAGAUAUUUUAUGCUUAGAAUAAUUUCCUUACAAAGUAAACUGUGACUUUAAAGUUGUAAACAUUGAACUAGCAAGGAAUUACUGUUGACAAAACAUUGAUGUAAAUAUUAUUGAUUAUCCACACCUACUUACAUGUGUGUGCAUUAGUUUGAUAUCGAAGUUGUUUCACAGCAUGCAGUGUCAAAUGUAGCUUUUGUAAUCCUUUGUUUUUUUAAAACUAUUUUAUUUACAAAGUGAAUGGGAUCGGGCAGCAGGCAUAGCCUAUUUUAGCCCUCUCCAUUUUAGCUUUUGUAAUCUUGAGACUUUGUGAAAAUUGGAUGUUGUAAGCUGUUUUUCUGCCACACAGUACUGUGAUGAUUUUAAUCCAUACAUUCCUUUGUAUUGCAGUUAGUAAUUUAUUGAACCUGGUGUCAAGUUGGGUGUACGAAAUUCAAUUUUGAGUGCCUAUCACCAGCAUAAGUUCAAAAACUUCUUUAUAUAACUAAAACCAUCGUAGAAACCCACCGGUUUUCUCUCCGUUAAACUGCAUUCAACAACCGAAAGAAAACCCAAGGGUUCCGAGGAUGAGCUAAAACAUUUUUCAGUUAUUCAUUCACUUUCUUGCCAAGUUUAUGAACUGAAGUAAUAUUGACACGGAUAUGAGUGUGUGCAAUGUCUCAGUUGCGCACAUUUUCUACAUUUACCCAAUGCAUGUUUCAAAUUGUGAGUAAUAUUUACAUUUUCUGAUCAAUAACAUUUAGUUCAGAAUCAAAAUAUUGAAAUUUAAUACAUUACCACCAGCUACCAGAGCUACCAUGUGAAAUCUGGUCUGCCAUCUUUGUUACAGCUUGGUAAUUAAUUAUACUCUCAAUGUUCUAGUGUGGAUCCUAUUUUGUAAAAAAAGAAAAAAUGUCUCCGACAUUGCACAAUAAAAAUGUUUAGAAUCAUGAA